GCGCCGCCUCCCGCCGCCCUCGGCCCGUCGCCCCCCUCCCGGCGGAGGGACCCCCGGCCCCGCUGGGUGCCGGGCUGGACAUCGCCGCGCACGUGCCGCCCGCAGCCGCCCCGCCGAUGGAGUCCGAGAUGCUGCAGUCGCCUCUGCUGGGGCUCGGCGAGGAGGAUGAGUCCGACCUGACGGACUGGAACCUGCCCCUGGCCUUCAUGAAGAAGAGGCACUGCGAGAAGAUCGAAGGCUCCAAGUCUUUGGCCCAGAGCUGGAGGAUGAAGGACCGGAUGAAGACUGUAAGUGUUGCCUUAGUUUUGUGCCUAAAUGUCGGCGUGGACCCUCCUGAUGUGGUGAAAACAACUCCCUGUGCCCGCCUGGAAUGCUGGAUCGAUCCUCUGUCCAUGGGGCCUCAGAAGGCUCUGGAAACCAUCGGGGCCAACCUGCAGAAGCAGUACGAGAACUGGCAGCCAAGGGCCAGGUACAAGCAGAGCCUGGACCCGACGGUGGACGAGGUGAAGAAGCUGUGCACGUCCCUGCGGCGCAACGCCAAGGAGGAGCGGGUGCUGUUCCACUACAACGGGCACGGCGUGCCCCGGCCCACCGUCAACGGGGAGAUCUGGGUCUUCAACAAGAACUACACUCAGUACAUCCCACUCUCCAUAUACGACCUGCAGACCUGGAUGGGGAGUCCCUCCAUCUUCGUCUACGACUGCUCCAACGCCGGCCUUAUUGUCAAGUCCUUCAAGCAAUUUGCACUACAGAGGGAGCAGGAGCUGGAGGUGGCUGCCAUCAACCCCAACCACCCCCUGGCGCAGAUGCCGCUGCCCCCCUCCAUGAAGAACUGCAUCCAGCUGGCAGCCUGCGAGGCCAACGAGCUGCUGCCCAUGAUCCCCGACCUGCCAGCCGACCUGUUCACCUCCUGCCUCACCACCCCCAUCAAGAUCGCCCUUCGCUGGUUCUGCAUGCAGAAGAGUGUCAGGCUGGUGCCAGGAGUCACGCUGGAUUUAAUAGAGAAGAUUCCUGGAAGGCUGAACGACAGGAGGACUCCCCUGGGAGAGCUGAACUGGAUCUUCACAGCCAUCACAGACACCAUCGCCUGGAACGUCCUGCCCAGGGAUCUUUUCCAGAAGCUCUUCCGGCAGGACCUGCUCGUGGCCAGUUUGUUCCGGAACUUUCUCCUGGCAGAGAGGAUCAUGAGGUCGUACAACUGCACCCCCGUGAGCAGCCCCCGGCUCCCCCCCACCUACAUGCACGCCAUGUGGCAAGCCUGGGACCUGGCUGUUGACAUUUGCCUUUCCCAGUUACCCACAAUUAUCGAGGAGGGAACUGCCUUCAGGCACAGCCCCUUCUUCGCGGAGCAGCUCACGGCGUUCCAGGUGUGGCUGACCAUGGGCGUGGAGAACCGCAACCCCCCGGAGCAGCUGCCCAUCGUCCUGCAGGUGCUGCUGAGCCAGGUACACCGACUGCGAGCUCUGGAUCUGCUGGGAAGAUUCCUGGACCUGGGUCCCUGGGCUGUCAGUUUGGCCCUCUCUGUUGGCAUUUUCCCGUAUGUGCUGAAGCUGCUUCAGAGUUCAGCCCGUGAGCUGCGACCACUCCUUGUCUUCAUCUGGGCCAAAAUCCUGGCAGUGGACAGUUCGUGCCAGGCUGACCUGGUGAAGGACAAUGGACACAAGUAUUUCCUUUCUGUUCUGGCAGAUCCUUAUAUGCCAGCUGAACACAGGACAAUGACAGCAUUUAUCCUGGCUGUGAUUGUGAACAACUACAACACUGGGCAGGAAGCCUGCCUUCAGGGGAACCUGAUUGCCAUUUGCCUGGAGCAGCUGAACGACCCCCACCCGCUCCUCAGGCACUGGGUGGCCAUUUGUCUGGGCCGGAUUUGGCAGAACUUUGACUCGGCCAGGUGGUGUGGAGUGAGAGACAGCGCUCACGAGAAGCUCUACAGUCUCCUCUCGGAUCCAAUCCCAGAGGUUCGCUGUGCCGCCGUCUUCGCCCUGGGGACGUUCGUGGGGAACUCAGCGGAGCGCACGGACCACUCCACCACCAUCGACCACAACGUGGCCAUGAUGCUGGCCCAGCUCAUCAACGACGGCAGCCCCAUGGUGCGCAAGGAGUUGGUGGUGGCCCUGAGUCACCUGGUGGUUCAGUACGAGAGCAAUUUCUGCACUGUGGCUUUGCAGUUCAUAGAAGAGGAGAAGAAUUACCCUCUGCCUUCUCCAGCUGCCACAGAGGGGGGCAGCCUGACGCCGGUGCGGGACGGGCCGUGCACGCCGCGGCUGCGCUCGGUCAGCUCCUACGGCAACAUCCGAGCCGUCACCACGGCCAGGAACCUCAACAAGUCCUUGCAGAACCUCAGCCUGAAUGAGGAGUCUGGAAGCUCUGUUGCAUUUUCCCCUGGGAAUCUGAGCACGAGCAGCAGUGCCAGCAGCACCUUGGGCAGCCCCGAGAACGAGGAGUACAUCCUGUCCUUUGAGACCAUCGACAAGAUGAGACGAGUCAGCUCCUACUCCUCCCUGAACUCCCUCAUAGGUGUGAGUUUCAACAGUGUUUAUACCCAAAUUUGGAGAGUGCUCCUUCACUUGGCUGCCGACCCCUACCCCGACGUCUCUGACCUGGCCAUGAAGGUUCUCAACAGCAUUGCCUACAAGGCCACGGUCAACGCUCGCCCCCAGCGCAUCCUGGACACCUCCUCGCUCACCCAGUCGGCCCCCGCCAGCCCCACCAACAAGGGGAUGCACAUCCACCAAGUGGGAGGGUCCCCCCCAACCACGAGCACGAGCAGCUCCAGCCUGACCAACGAUGUGACCAAGCAGCCCGUGAGCCGGGACAUGGCGUCCGUGCGACCUGCCAACGUGGGCAACAUGGGGGUCCAGUACACCCCCCACUCCCACCAGUUCCCCAGGACGAGGAAAAUGUUCGACAAAGGGCCAGAACAGACGGCCGACGAUGCCGACGACGCCGUCGGGCACAAGAGUUUCAUCUCGGCCUCGGUGCAGACGGGCUUCUGCGACUGGAGCGCCAAGUACUUUGCUCAGCCCGUGAUGAAGAUCCCUGAAGAGCACGACCUGGAGAGCCAGAUCCGCAAGGAGAGGGAGUGGCGGUUCCUGCGCAACGCCCGGGUCAGGAAGCAGGCCCAGAAGAUCAUCCAGAAGGGGAUUUCCCGGCUGGACGAUCAGAUCUUCCUCAACAGGAACCCGGGCGUGCCCUCGGUGGUGAAGUUCCACCCCUUCACGCCCUGCAUCGCCGUGGCCGACAAGGACAGCAUCUGUUUUUGGGACUGGGAGAAAGGGGAGAAGCUGGACUAUUUCCACAACGGGAACCCUCGGUACACCCGGAUCACAGCGAUGGAGUACCUGAAUGGACAGGACUGCUCCUUGCUGCUGACUGCCACAGAUGAUGGUGCCAUCAGAGUGUGGAAGAACUUUGCAGACCUGGAGAAGAACCCAGAGAUGGUGACGGCCUGGCAGGGGCUGUCGGACAUGCUGCCAACCACACGAGGUCUGGCCCGAAGGGUUUCAAUCUAUCUUGACAGAAGUAAGCAGGGAGGGGCAGGGAUGGUGGUCGACUGGGAACAAGAAACUGGGCUCCUGAUGACCUCGGGAGAUGUGAGGAUAAUCCGGAUCUGGGACACGGAUCGGGAAAUGAAAGUACAGGACAUCCCCACUGGAGCUGACAGCUGUGUCACCAGCCUCUCCUGCGACUCCCACCGCUCGCUCAUCGUGGCGGGGCUGGGGGACGGCUCCAUCCGCGUGUUCGACAGGAGGAUGGCCCUCAGCGAAUGCCGGGUCAUGACCUACCGGGAGCACACGGCCUGGGUGGUGAAGGCCUACCUGCAGAAACACCCCGAGGGCAACAUCAUGAGCGUCAGCGUCAACGGGGACGUGCGGUUCUUCGACCCCCGCAUGCCCGAGUCCAUGAAGGUCCUGCAGAUCGUCAAGGGGCUCACGGCCCUCGACAUCCACCCCCAGGCCAACCUCUUCGCCUGUGGCUCCAUGAAUCAGUUCACUGCUAUCUACAACGGGAACGGGGAGCUGAUCAACAACAUCAAAUACUACGACGGGUUUAUGGGACAGAGAGUCGGAGCCAUCAGCUGCCUGGCCUUCCACCCUCACUGGCCCCACCUGGCCGUCGGGAGCAAUGACUACUACAUCUCGGUGUACUCGGUGGAGAAGCGGAUCAGAUAACGGCGAGCGAGGGUCGGGGCAGGGCCUCCUGUACAUAGUGAAAUCAUCGACUUGAAUGUUUCGUGUUGGCUGCUGCUGCACCCCAUAACUUGAACAUUUGUUUUUCUGACUUAGCUACUGAUGGGUUUGACAAGGGGAAGAGACAAUCUCCUUUUUUUGUUUUUGUUUUGUUUCGUUUUCCAGCUAUAUCCUCUAAAAGCUACAGAAAAGGAACAUUUAUUUUUGUUUCCAGUGGUUGGCUUCUCUGUCAGAAACACAGCUCCUGAGCUUGGAAGGACUUGGAUGAGGCAACACCCUUGAGAAGGGUCUUGUUUUAGUCUUUGUUCCUUGUUUUGCUGGAGCGUAGGUUGCUUCAAGGACUAAGUCAGGACUCACCUACAGCUCCAUGGGACCCUCCCGCUGCUGCCAACCCUGUGCCAAACAGAAUUCCUGGGACAGGGCAGCGAGACCCGAGCUGUCUGUCUGCAUGGGAUGUACCUGCUCCUGCACUGCUGAGCGGGGCAAGGGAGGCAGGGAAGUGACUCCUCUGCAUGAACCUCCUCCUCCCUCCCUGCAGCGUCCUCUCCACUGGAAGCAAGGACAGAAGGUGACCUGGUGGCCCAGGGAGGCAGGAAUCCUGGGAGAAGGGGCUCAAGGAGAUGAGAAGAGCAGGGCAGGAUGCCCCACACUGUAAGGCUGCACAUGAGGAAGAAGAGGGAAGGAAGAGAACGAAGAUCUCCAACGUCCCACCAAGCCUGGAGCAAGUCACUUGUGUCACCACAUUCCACCCAAGCCCACAGUGCUGGUGGGGAGUCUGGGACACUUUGGCACUGUCCCUCCUGCUGCCACUGUCCUUCUGCCCACGAGAACUCCACAGACACGUCUGGUCCCCUGGGAGCUCUGCCCGGGCAGCGAGGGGGCCCCAGGGCCAGUCCAUGAGCAGGUGGUCACUGAGGUGGUGGUGAGGGUCUGGACACUGCACACACUGUGUGGCCAUGGCUGUGGCUUGUCUGUCCCUGGAACUGGGCAUGGAACCACCUGGGCUGAGCACGAGAGAAUCACUAAGGAGGGGGAAGACAGCAGGUCACCUGCUUUGAGCAAAGCACCUUUGUCACAGCUAUCCAGGGAGAGCCUGCUCCGUCUUCCGCACCUUCCAUGUCUCAGUAAUGAAUGUUUUUGUCCCCUGGGAUCCGUGCAGGGUCUGAAAAUGGGUGUGGGAAGGGGGAGGCCAAGCCAAAGGACAGGAUUCCUUCCAGAGGUGGGAUGUACCUGGCUGAGAGCAGAACUUGCUCUGUGCAAAACUGACUGUGGCAACCUACGAGGUCCAGAAAUUCCCAGUUUUUCUUCCAGCCAGUCUCAUGGGAUCUGCAGACUCUCAGCAAACAGCCAGCCAUGGUGAAGGAAACACUGGUGAGGGAAGGGGUGAGAAACCUUCUGUCCCUGUGCUGACGGUGACUUCACCUCUGCCACACCCCCUGUGGUGUGUCUGACCCGUCACUGCUGCUGCUGCCCCACGUCUCGUCUCGUGUUCCUGCAUGUGCUGAGGCACCUGGGCCAGGGCCGGGGAGGUGGCCUGGUGGCCAUCCCAAGGUGCCACACACACGUCAGGACUCAGGCUUGGGAGAGGGUCCUCAAACCACGGCCGGGCGCCGGGGCCUCACCGAGCGCCAUCCCCCGCGUCAGGGAGGCCAAGGGCCACGUCACAGGAUGAUGAAUCAAAGGCUUUAAACUUAAAAACUACCUAAAAAUCCACUUUUCAGUUACCCAAAGUUAAUUAUGGUCUAACAGAGCUGUGCCUCUUCCCGACCCGCUCCCGCGCUGCUCCGGCGCGGCCCCGGCGGGGUCCCCUCCACGGGAGAGCCAGAGUUUGGGAUCACACGUAACCCAUUAACAUUCACAGCUUAAAAAAACAAUAGAUUUUUAACUUAUAUCAGUGUAUUUGUUGAAAGACCAGGAAACACCUGGCGAAAGGGGAAGGUGCGUGGUGGGAGCCGCUGCUCCUGCCAGGCUCUGGUGCAGCCCCACAUCCAGGACGUGGGAUCUUAAGGAACUUGGGCUGUUGAGCUUUCUCCUGAGGGUGUGUGGGCUGUGCUUCCACAGGUCUGAUGCAGAGAUUCAAUCAUGGAGUUUAACCAAGGAUCUGGAGAGUGUCCUACCUUAAAAGUUCACUUAUCUCUAUUUAUUUUAUAAAAAUAAGAUUUAAAAAAAAAAUAUAUAAAAACCCCCACACGAUUGUAAUGUGAGAGUAAAACAAUUACAGACAAAUAAAUGGUUAAUAAAAAAUAAAUGCAGAAACA